AUGGCAUCUGCAACAGGCUCCGGGUGGACACAGCUCCGACAACAAGCCCGGUCGCUCGAAACUCAGACUGAGAAUCUCUUCCAUACUUACUCACAAUUUGCUUCCAUUACCAAGCCUCCACCAUCACCUACCGAUGAAGAGCUACGGCUUGAAUCGCAAUUGAAAGACCUCCUCGACAGGCGUGAAUCUCUUAUAGCCCAAUUAUCCCGUCUUCUUGACUCCGAAGCUACCCUCACCUCCUCCGCCCUGAAACAGAACAACGUCUCCCGCCAUCGCGAAGUGCUGCAAGACCAUCGCCGCGAGCUUCAGCGCCUGGCUGCAGCUAUUUCAGAAUCGCGCGACCGUGCAAACCUCCUAUCCAAUGUCCGCUCAGACAUCGACUCCUAUCGCGCAUCGAACCCCGCCGCCGCCGAGGCAGAGUACAUGCUCGAGGAGCGGGGCCGAGUCGAAAACAGCCACAACAUGAUGGACGGCGUGCUGAGCCAGGCGUAUGCCAUCAAUGAGAAUUUUGGCAUCCAGAGCGAGACCAUUGCCAACAUCAAUCGGCGCAUCGUUGGCGCUGCUGGAAAUGUCCCCGGCAUGAACUAUCUCAUCGGCAAGAUUGGAAACAAAAAAAGGCGAGAUGCUAUUAUACUCGGGUGCUUUAUUGGCUUUUGCUUUUUGAUGUUGCUAUUCUUCCGGUAA